UGCACGCUUCUCCGACUCGGCACACAGUGUGCCCAUAAGGCCCAUUCGAGCUAUACUUACGAGAACGCGCGCGCGACCGGGAGCGAGCAAGCAAACGAGCGAGCAAGUAAGCAAGCGAACGAACGAACGAACGAAAGACCGAACGAACGAACGAACGAACGAACGAACGAACGAACGAACGAACGAACGAACGAACGAACGAAAGAACGAAAGAAAGAACGAACGAACGAAGGAACGAGCGGGACCGCAGAAAAUCAUCGGAGGUGGGGGCCGAUUCAAGAAUCGACGUGGACACCCUCGCCUUCCAAAGUCAUUCACCUAACGGACAAGGUGGACGCUCAGUGAUCGAAGAAAGGAAAGAAUCAGAAGGCUGCCCUCUCGAAAGUGACUUUUUACGAUAUUUGGGAUCUGUGAUUAAUUUUUUCUCUCUGUACAGAUAUAUAUAUGUAUAUACACAUAUAUAAAAGUGAGAUUAAAGAAGAUAUAUCUACAGUGCAGAAAGAGAAACAGAGAUAGAAAUAGAAAUAGAAAUAGAGAGAGAGAGAGAGAGAGAGAUGGAGUAUCAUCGAUGAGAAGAGCUACGAACUCGAAUGCAACAAGGACGCACGUUGAAUGUCGUUAACGUCGAUGAACUAUUAAUCAUCAUCUUCCAAGAUCUUCAAGAUGAAUCAGCAAUGCAAGGUGUGCGGCGAACCCGCGGCUGGCUUCCACUUUGGCGCGUUCACCUGCGAGGGCUGCAAGUCCUUCUUUGGAAGAUCUUACAACAAUCUAAAUAGUAUAUCCGAAUGCAAGAACGGCGGUGAAUGCGUGAUAAACAAGAAGAAUCGUACUGCCUGCAAAGCGUGCCGUUUAAGAAAGUGUCUUCUCGUUGGAAUGUCGAAAUCUAGUUCCCGUUAUGGGCGCAGAUCUAAUUGGUUCAAGAUUCAUUGUCUUCUUCAAGAACAACAACAGCAACAACAGCAACAACAACAGCAGCAGCAGCAACAACAGCAACAACAGCAGCAACAACAGCAACAGCAACAACAACAACAGCAACAGCAACAUCAUUAUUCUCAAGCUUUGACGACGAAUCCGCAAUUAUCUCAACAACAAAGGAAACCAAUGAGCCCACCGAUAGGUUUACAUCCGAGUCAAAGAAAAGACGAUAAUUUGUUGCUCGGAUUGGACGAUUACAAGAAUUCAACGUCGCCUAGUAUAAGUUCUCCGGAGUCUCAUAACAGCGACAGUUCGGUUGAAAUAUCCGAAAGAAGAGCAGCGUUUGUUGGACAUCCAGGCUUUCGACCUUUACAUUCUCAUUUGCCACACUCGGUAGCCGAACUGUCGGCUUUGGGUAAAGAGAUGAUGACGUUACCGCUUGGUUUUCAUCUCGGUGGUAUGUCCUUGAUUCAACCAGCGUUCUUACCACCCCCAAGUCUUACGAUGUUCUCGCCUUAUCAUCUAUACGCAACGCCACAUGGCGGUUCGCACCCGUUAGUACCAUCUUGUCACUCACCGAGCGUACACAGAAGUUCGCCAGUUAUCGAAGAUGUAUCCUCGACGAUAUCGACGACUCCGACGACAGCGACGACGACGACGACGACGACGUUGACCGUGGUUCCAACUACGACGAGUAUCGAGACAACGAACGCGAUCAUCAGCAUCGAUGAUAAAGACUCCUGUGCAAAUAAUAAUAAUAACAAUAAUAAUAACAAUAACAAUAAUAACAAUAAUAACAACAAUAAUAAUAAUAAUAAUAUUAACAACAAUAACAAUGACAAAUACGUUCACAAUCAGAACGUUCGAUCGACGAUAGAGAAUAUUACGUCGACCGAGAAUUAUAGCAAAAGAUUUUAUUUGGACGCGGUACUGAAGAGACAACGGUUAACAAGAGGUGAAUCUUCACCGAGAUCUUCGAAAACUUCAUCCGAUAGAGACUCGUUGAGCUCGACUCCCGAACUCGACAUUGAUUGUCUACCACCACAAGACAAUCCCAUAGAUCUUUCAAUGAAAUCAACGACCGCCAGCGUAGUUGAUCCUACUCAGGAGGACGAACUCGACAUGGAAGAAGACAGCGACAGGGACAGCCCACCCUUGAAGAAAAGGCCUGCACCUAUCGAUCUCACUACGAGGUCUUAAGUCUUUCUUUUUCUUUCUUUUCUUCUCUCUCCCCUCAACCGCAACCCCAACCCCUUCCAGGAUAUGGAAUUUAUGAUUCCACGAUGACUCGGAAGAAAAGUUUUCUUUGAGGAUAGAAAACGGAUUCUAUAAGCGUAUUCUAAAAGUGUAUUCUAAAAGUGUAUUUACUACAAAAAAUGCUACUUUUCUUUUUUUCUCUUUCUUCUUCUUUUCUAUUCUUUUCUUUCUCUUUCUCUUUCUCUCUUUCUCUCUCUCUCUCUCUAUCUCUUUCUAGUCUACCGAAAAUCGUUCCUACACCGUGAGAAAGGUCAGGGUGCUAUUAUACGCGAUCCACGUUAGAUAUGUGCGAGAUAAUAGGAAGGUGCCUAAGCAAAACGGUGAAAUCGAAAAUUGCUAUAGGCACACGAUGGACUUUGACAACGAUAUUCUACGAAGAUAACCUGUGUGUUAUAUUUAAUUUUAUUCACGUUUCCAUUGGUAUUACUAAACGGACCUUGUGUAUUUGUGCGUGUGUGUGGGUGUAUAUGUAUGUUAGAGAGAGGGGAGAGAAAGAGAGAGAGAAGAGGAAGAAACGAAUGAACUCUACUGUUCAAUCGAUAAAAUUGUAUUUAUCAUAACAUAUCGUAUCUAAUCAUCGAAAAAUUUGUUCCACGACGAAAUCGAAUACAUGAUCGAAAGGAUUCAAAAAAAAAAAAAACAAACCAACGAACAAAAAAAAACAAAAAAAGAAAAUGAUUCGAUCGUUCGAUCAAGAAAAAAAGAGAAAGAGAGAGAGAGAGAGAGAUAGAGUCGUGUCUCAGUUUCUUACGAUCGAUCAUAAAAUGAAAUAUUGAUAGUUUAAUUAACGAUCUCGCGUUCUUUCUCGAUCGGUAGACAAAGAGAGAAGGAUAUGGGAAAAAGAAAAUAAAUGGAUAAGAGAAGAUAGAAAAAGGGAGAGAAAGAGAGAAAGAAAGAGAGAAAGAAAAAAAGGAAAGAGAAAGAGAGAAAGGAUUCUACGUGAAGGGACGAAGGAGAGUGUGCUUGCGAUUCGCCGGAUGAACACGUAAAACCGCGGGGUGCACACGUGUUUGGAACGCGCGUUACAAAGCGCUCGUACACGCGUCGAACGUCUGGUAAACGCUUUAUCUUACGAGCGUUCGACGCCUGCCAAUGUAAACUCCGACCGUAAAGUUUUCGUCUCUCGUGAGUUGGAUGUAGAAUGAAAGAGAACGAUAGAAAGAAAAAGAGAAGAGGACAAAGAUAAGUAUAGAGAGAGAGAGAGAGA